GUCUUAUGCACAUCAGUCUGUCUGUAAUUCAUGCAAACUACUGUUGUUGGCGGUUAGUGGAAAACCAAUGUCAAUCUUACAGAGUCUUUUGUAAUGGAAGAAUGUUACUUAGUAACCCCAGAUUAUAACUGCAUAGUAGCUAUUGAAAGACAACAUACCAGAAUUCUCUAGUUGUUUAUGUGUAUGCGCAUGCACCACACACAAAUGCGUGGUUAUAGUUUUAGCAAGUAAACAUGUAGCUUGUCUUUAGGAAGAUUUAUUGCUCAAUAAUAGUGUAUCGUCAUCUGUUGAGAGCACACAAAAGAAAGCCAGAAAUAAAUGCCUUGACUGUGGGCUUCAGUAUAAGACACAGCAAACACUAAAACGACACAGGAGGAAACAACAUGGUGCUGGCUACGAGAAAGACAUUUGGCAUAAAUGCAUGGUUGAAGAAUGUGGUUUGAAAUUUAUGCAAGUGAAGAGUCUAACAGAACACAUGGUGUCACAUCAUCACAUGAACAUGGGUAUGUUGUUCUUUCACCCUAUAUUCAUGUCAGAGAUAAUGCCAUAUGGAUGUAUUUGUACCAUCCACAGGAAUACGUGAACUUGAAUUCAAUAGCAGUGAUGAAUUUUUUUGAGUGGAAAAAGGAGGAACAGAGGAAGACAUGCACAUACUACAGAAGAGAGAGGUCAAAGAAGCCAACCCAAGAGUGUCAGACCCUGUACUUUGUCUGCUGUCGAAGUCACAAAGCAAACAAAAAAGACAGCGAAAACAAGAGAAAACCAAGAAUGCAAAAACGAAUGGAAACAAUCUGUCUCUCCAGGAUCAACGCAAAAUUUUAUCCUGCGUCACAGAGAGCACUUCAUAACACGGCAGGACAUUAGGAAUAUUUCCAAGUCAGUUGUAGAUAUGUCUGCAGUGAACCAUGCCGAUGAUGCACAGUCUGUCGUUGCAAUUGUGAAAAAACUAGCCAAUAAGCAAUAUAACCCUGUCUUGUUGCACAAACCAUUUGGCGUGAAGGAUGAAAAUUUCUCUGAAUUACCAGAAGAUUCAUUCAUGUUAGUGAUUCAGACAGAGCAUCAGAAAGAGCUCUUUGAAAAAUUCAGUUCUGGAGUGGUUUGUGUUGACUCAACGCACAACACAAAUCAAUACAACUAUAAACUUAUUACCCUGAUGAUCAGAGAUGAUCAUGGUCAAGGUAAAGACAUUUUAGCCACACAAUCAGUCGUUGAAGAAAUUUUUCUAAUUCUAAAGUCAUUUGCCAUACUUCAUAGGUCGCACAGUAGCUUGGACAAUAAGCAGCAAGGAAGAUCGCCCUUACAUGUACCAGGUCUUUGAAGCUGUCAAAACUGCAUCACCAAAUGCUGUUGUGACAACAUUAAUGAGUGAUGAUGGUAUAAAGUA